CUUGGAUUAAUCCCAUUAACGAAUGUUUGAUUGAUUGAGCAAGUCCAGCACCUACCAUUGCUCACGUGUAACUCUUAUUUAUUAUUUGAUAUCGCUUUUUGUCGUAUCAAAACCAGUUGUAAUCCUCUUAUCAUUAUCCUCUUUUAGUGUCACCGCGUGGUUGUUUUUAUAUACUGAAACAUGUUAGUGAGCCUUUUUUUGUAAUGUGGUGUCUUUCAAACUGUUUUAUUAUGUGAUUUAGAAACACCUAGCAGGCUGUGAGCAAUACGACACAUCGCAAAAGCUAUCAACGAGCAAUUCAUCACCAAAUGUAUAAUUUAAAGCAAAAGUACUCUUUAGAAUACUUUAUAACUUUUUAUUGAAUAUUUAGAGUACGAUUUGGCUCUACUGAUAAUGAAGACUGUUACACGUCGAAUAUAAGUUGCGGAAUGCCUAUUAUUAUCAAUAUUAAUGAUUUUUAUGUUGGUGACGACUUUUCAGUUCAAGCUGACAUCAAAUUAGAUGGAAAUUAUUUACGAGAAACAUUGUUAUAUUUAGGUUUUAAGGUGGAAAUGCAUGAAGACUUAACAGCAGCACAAAUUGUGAUCUAUUUAGAAGAUGCUCUUACGACUGAUCAUUCAAAUUCUGAUUGUUUGUUGAUUAUUUUGUUAUCAUGUGGUAACGAUAAAGAUCUCGUUUACGCUAGUAAUCAGGCUAUGUCAAUUGAUUAUCUGACGUCACUAUUUAAACUAGCAUCAAAGACAUUGAGUGGAAAACCGAAAUAUUUAUUUUACAAGUAUGCUGCGUCAGAUCUCUUUUAUUUUCCAAUACGGAUUUUUCAUUCAAAGACACUUCGUAGCCAACACCUUAUAGAAUUAAUGAAAAAACAAGUGACAUUUGUUGACGAUAAAUCGUGCUACGCUUAUGAAACACCUAUAGGUAGUGGCGGUACCAGGGGUGGGCUACACCCUGAAACCAUUUGA